AGUUUAUUAGCAUUUGCUACAUUUGAUUCCUUUGUAUAAACCGCGUAGCUAAUACUUUUACCUGAACCUCCUCUUCUUGCUGCACCUGUAUACCAUCACUCACAUCUUCGUUGGAGCUCGAAAGAGAGAAACAUGGAAGCGACUACUUCUCCAUUCAAGAUAAUUUUGGGAUCAUCGUCAAUAGCACGUCGAAAAAUAUUAGCUGAGAUGGGAUAUGAAUUCACAAUUAUGACAGCAGAUAUUGAUGAAAAAUGCAUCCGAAAGGAAAAGCCAGAGGACUUGGUUAUGGCUCUUGCUGAGGCUAAGGCUGAUGCCAUCUUAUCAAAACUACAAACUAUCAGUAAUCAAGAGAAGGACGACGAACAAAAAAUUUUGAUUGCGGCUGACACAGCAGAAGCCAUCUUACAAAGGCUCCCCAUUGGUGACUAUGUAAAGGAUGCUGAGCCAACAUUGUUAGUUACUUGUGACCAAGUGGUGGUCUAUGAAGGUGUGGUUAGGGAAAAACCAUCCAGUAAGGAAGAAGCACGGCAGUUUUUGAAAGACUAUUCUGGUGGCCACGCAGCAACUGUGGGAUCAGUGCUCGUGACAAAUCUUAAGACGGGAUUCAGAAAAGGAGAAUGGGACCGAGUGGAGAUCUAUUUCCAUACAAUACCAGAUGAAACCAUUGAGAAACUGAUUGAGGAGGGGACUGUGCUUUAUGUUGCUGGGGGACUGAUCAUAGAGCAUCCUUUGAUACUGCCCUUUGUAAAACAAGUGGUUGGGACAACUGACAGUGUGAUGGGACUCCCCAAAGCUCUCACUGAAAAGCUUAUAAAGGAGGCCCUCUAGCUGCUGCAGCCAUUUCAAUCUUCCAGUCCUAUUCGGUAUUUUACCCAAUUGACACAGCUUAUCCUCCUGUUAUUUGACCUCCGAUCUUGUUUCUUCAAAUUUCGUAAUUGAUUGCUCCAGUUCAUUCGGGAUUAAGGCUUGUUGUUAGUGUUAAUUGCUCCAGUUCACGUGCACCUGUUGCGCACUGCUUUUAUUUUUCAAAAUGAGUUAUCCGAAUGCUGGGCCCUAUUAGCUUUCAUUGUUAUGCCCCUUCAUAUUGUUACAGUUAAUGAUUCUUUUCCAUUAAAAGAACACAUGGGGGUAUAUGAUUGUUGAGGCCAUUUAUCAUUGUCCAACUUGUAGAAGCUAUAGAGUGUAAGAUUUGGUGAGCAAAAUAAUGUUGACAUGUCAAUGGUUGAGAAGGA